GUUUACACUUUAAACAAAAACAAACAAAAAUUCCAUCGAGCGCAGAUGUUUGCAUUUCACGUGUUUUUAUUCUCAGAAAUGCAAAUUUAAAUCAAAAUUCUAUUAAAAAACGACUAUGGACCUUAAAACCUACAAAAAAAUCCAUCCGGUGAAAUACUACCGAGAUUAUUUGGAGCACAACAUUCGACCGGAUGGGCGGGAAAUUGCGGACCUCAGGCCACUAGCCAUUAAUUUCGGUUCCAUCCACUCCGCUGAUGGUUCAGCUAUUGUGAAAAUCGGUAACACGACCGUGGUUUGUGGGAUCAAGGCCGAACUUGCUCCACCGAAAGCCCUUGAACCGGAAAUGGGCUUCCUGGUUCCAAAUAUAGAAAUAUCCCCUCUGGCUUCUCCCAAAUAUCGUCCCGGACCGCCGAGCGAGGAAGCCCAGGUGUACAGCUGCUCGCUCGCGGAUUCUAUUCUCAAUUCGGGUUGUGUAAAUUUGAAGGACCUUUGCAUAUCGAAGGAGAAACUGGUUUGGGCACUGUUUUGUGAUUUGGUUUGUCUGGAUCAUGAUGGAUGUGUCUUCGAUGCCUCGGUCAUUGCUCUGGUGGCAGCUUUGCACACGCUAAAGCUGCCACAAAUCAAAUACAAUCCCGAUACGGAUGAGCGGGAGAUUUUAGAGGAUGAGGAAAGGAUUCCGUUGAAAGUGAGCUCUAUUCCGGUAACCACAUCGUUCGCCGUAUUCAAUGGGCAGAUUAUUGCCGAUCCGACGGCCGAGGAGGAAUCUCUAGCCACCUCAACCAUCACCAUCAGUAUCUGUGAUUCGACGUUAAGCUACAUUCAAAAGAGUGGCGGCGAUCCGCUGGAACAAAAUCUGCUGGAUCAAUGCAUUGAGAAUGCGAUGAAACGGGAAAAGUCGGUGCGGGCAUUGGUGAAGAAGCUUACCAAAAAUAGCAAUAAGACCUGCUGAAUUGCAACUCUCGUCUGUCGUUUAUUUGGUUAGGACGACGAAAAGAAAAUGCCGUGUAGAUUGGUGCCUAGUAUUGAACAUGGGAGAUGUUUGAAGUAAUUG